AUGAAAGGUCUGUUCCGCAGAGGCAAGUCCACCACCAAUAACAACAACAAAUCGUCAGCGAGCACUUCAUCACUCUCUACGAGUGGUCAAAUCGAAAUUUCUGCUCCCUUCAACGUUCGUCUCGAACAUCACGUCGAUUUCGAUCGCGAAUUUGGUCUAAGUGGUGUUCCCAAAGAUUGGGAUUUGUCAAGUCUUCAAGGCAUUCAUUUCACAGUGGAUGAUGUCCACAGUGUCAGUACCCCUGAUUUGAACGGAGACCUCACCUCUCACCACGAAGGAGUUGUUGUUAAUGACCAAUCAUUGACUCUGCAAAACAACAACAAUACCAUCACCACUCGUUCCGGUUCAUUCAUUCACAACAACACUAACAACAACAACAAUGGUGGUGAUUCCUCUCCUUCCUUGUCGGUUGAAUCCGUUCACUCUCAACAACAAUUACCACCACCUGCGCUCAACACAUCGAACAUGAUGAUGAUGGUGAACAACAACAAUAACAACAACACGAUCAAUAGCACCACAAGUUCUCCUUCUCUUUCGAGUGGUGGUGGUGGUGCUCCUUUGACACCUUUAGGUGCUACCAAUGUUGUCCUCCAUGAUCACCUCAUCAUCAACAACAACAACAAACACGCUUCUUUGGCCUCUUCCACCUCUUCCUUUUUCAGCAAAUGGAGAAGUGGAAAUCAUUCGAGUACUAGUAGUAGUAGUGGUGGUGGUGGUGGUGGUGGUGGUGGUAGUUUUAUCGGAAAGAACAACAACAACUACUCCUCCAAAUUAACCAUUCUCCACUCUUCAUCAUUCGACGUGAACACCACAGCCAACUCAUCUGAAAGCUCAUCCGCUAUUCCGACAAGUAGCGCACCACCUACUUUGAUGAUAGUAUCGUCUUCUUCUCUUCCAUCCGUGGCGACGACAGGUUCUUCUUCUCAACCACAUGAACCACAUUCGAAAUCAGCCUCUCAGGGUUUCUUUGCCAAGAUUUUCACAAAAACCAGUUCAAAAUCUGUCACGACACCAAUCGACUCGUCGUCGUCGUCGACGGUGGCAGAUCAUGUGACUAGUAAUGGACAAUUUGUGAUGAAUUUCACUAAUGUGAGGAGAACAGAAGCUGGAUAUUACGUCGAAGUUGGAAGUAAUGAUGUCAACAACUCCAUGACAUUGAACAUGACUCCAAAAUUCAAAAAAGACAAACUUCUCAUUGAUUUGAUUAGUCACGAGAAUCCAUUUCGUCUCUUCACUAAAAUGAAAAAGAUUGGUACUGGUAGCACUGCAGAUGUGUAUAAAGCCAUUCAUGUUCCUAGUGGUAAAAAAGUUGCCAUCAAAGUCAUGUCACUCACCACUUCAAAGAAUACAAACUUUGACAUGAUUGAGAAUGAAAUUUUCAUGAUGAAACAUGCAUGUAAGGCAUAUUCCUCAAUUUUUGAUUACGAUGCAGCAUUGGAUAAGACCUUGAUGGUUCAAUAUUUUGGAACUUAUUCGACUGUGAAUUGUCAAGUUCAUGAACAUAUUGGAAGAUAUUUAUCUGAUUCGAAAAGAAGAAAAUUACAACAACCACAAUCCACUUCUCAACAACAACAACAACCACAAUCGAAUUCAACCAUCCUUUCACCAAAUUCUUCAAAUUCCAUUUCAACCACCAUUGAUAUGGACACCAUGUUGGAAUAUAAAGAAAAGAGUCAUGAUGAAUUAUGGGUCACAAUGGAAUAUGUCUCUGGAGGAAAAUUAACAGAUUUGAUUGGAGAUAACAAUGUGAUACAUCACAGAUUUUUAGAGAGUGAAAUUGCUGCCAUUCUUAUACCCAUUCUUAAAUGUUUGCAUCUUCUUCACACAAAAUAUGGUGUGAUUCACAGAGAUAUCAAAUCCGAUAAUGUACUCAUCACUCGAGACGGUAAAAUCAAAUUAGCAGACUAUGGCUUUUGUGCUGAGAAUACUGGACGAAGACGUUCUGUGGUGGGCACACCCUACUGGAUGUCUCCCGAAGUGGUCUCAGGUGCCGAAUACAAUGAAAAGACCGAUGUGUGGUCUCUGGGAAUUUUAAUCUUAGAGUUGGCGAAUGGAACAGUCCCUCUGAUGGAACAUCCACCGAUUCGUGCCUUGUUUUUGAUUCGUUCUCAACCUCCUCCAACCUUUACUUCAUCUUCAGAGUGGUCCGAUGUCUUUCAUGAUUUCCUUUCGAGAUGUCUCGAAAAAGAUCCUCAAAAGAGAGCAAGUGUCGAAGAAUUGUUGGAACAUGAGUUUUUGAAGGGUGCAUGCAAUUUGGAUUUCCUUCCACCUCUAUUGAAUCGAAUUCGAGCUGAAAAGAAACGAAAUAUUAAGGAAAGUGAAAUUGGAUUGCAAGUGGUGAAAUUACGAAAUUCACAAGAAGACGAAGAAAAGAAUGCGUACGAUCCUGACGAUGAAUACGAAGCGAGUAAACGAAAGAAGAAGGGAAUUGGAAUUAUGGGUGUGGUGAUGCAUGAACAACAACAAAUCACUCAAAAUGAAGGAGACUAUAAUGGUGAUGGAGAAGAGAAUUUUGAUGAUGGGGAAUAUGGUGGUGACCAUAAUAGUGAAACAUUCGAUCAUGAUGGAACAGGUGGAGGAGGAAUGGAUCCUCAAGAGUUAGAUGUGGAUGAUUAUGAUGAAAUGUUGGUGUGA